GAACGCACCAGCGACCUCCGCUUGACCUCCUGUCUUCACUGUACUCCUCACACCCCUGACUGCCACGUCAUGUUCAAAAGCAUCCUCCCCUCUCGCAGGGUCCCAGCUACGGACUUCCAGAUGGUAACUCCGCCCUUCGACUCUGUGCCGAACGGCAAGGAGAACUACCCCGAGCUGUCCGCUUCCGACGAACUGAAGCCGUCUCGCGUCGAGAAGUCUAAGAAACGUAAGGGCAAGGAGCAAGCCCAAGGCUCGGAUAGCUACGCAACCACACAUGCAUUCGAAAAGCUACUUGAUGAACUGCAGGUACCUGACAACAUGCGCGAGAAGCUAGCCACGAUGGAUGCUGGUGUGAAGGCGGCCUUCGUCAAGUCUUCGAAGGACCUCGCCAUCAUGUCAUCUAAGUCUGCCGAACCGCCCAUGACGCCUCGCGGUGUCCGCAAGGCGCGCAGCAUCGAGUCUAUCUCCUCACCCCAGCCCACACAAAAUGCAUCGCAAUCCAAGUACAAUCUCUCGAAAGUGCCCGACCGCCCGCGGUUCAUGAAUACGAAUACGCACAACCGCGGUGUGUCCUUCGAUGCCAACCGCCAGACGAUGGUGUUCCACGAGAAGCCCGCUCCAGCGCCGAAGCCAGCGAAGGAGAAGCGUAGUAAGAACGCAAUGGCACCUGCUAAGCUGCAAAAGCUCCUGAGCAAGGCGCAGGCCACUCACCUCGACAUCGAGGUCGCCAAAAAGCUGCGACUUCACCUGCGAAAUGAGCCCGCUUCCUGGACUCAGGAAUUCAUUCAAGAGGGCGGGUACACGACCAUGCUCACCCGUCUUCACGAGAUCCUUACUGUCGAGUGGCGUGAGGAACAACACGAUGAUCAGCUCCUUCACGAACUUCUACGCUGCUUCAAGGCUCUUAUGACCUCGGCCGUCGGCUGCGCAGCCCUCCGAAGCUGCUGCCCCGCACCCUACACGCAAAUUGUCACUGUUUUGUACUCUGACAAGCGGCCUGGCGACGUCGCCACUAGACACCUCAUGAUCGAACUGCUCCUUAGCCUGUACGAACUCUACCCUUCAUCAUCCUUACCAUCCACUGGCAAUCCCUCCCGUGGCUCGCCGACGUCUCCCUACGGCCACAACAGGACCAGGUCGGUCCCAUGGGAGUCUGAGGCUAGCGCGACACUCUCGACUGGCUUGAUCGUGCUCCCUCCGCCUCACUCCUCUGUUUGCUCGCUUGUGAAGUCCCUUCUGCUCACGCCGGCCCCCCGUCCCGCGGAGGACGAUAGCGUCCCUGUUCAGCCUCACUUCUUCAUUGAGAAGAUCCACCGCCCGAGGGUCUAUAAGGCGUAUCUUGAGGAAAUGAGCAACCUCUGCCGGGAUUUCUUUUGGAUCUAUUGCCAUCCGGCGAACAAGAUCUGGAACCUGGACGAGACGGAUGAGGAGAAGGCCGAAAGACCGCGCGCUCCCAGCGGUAUGUCUGGGGGUGUUGAGUACGAAGCGAUGUGUUAUAUGAGUACACACCUCAAGUUCUUGAACGCUUAUUGUCGCGCUGCCGAAGAGCUGCAUUACCCGCCGCAACAUCCUCUUUCGGCGUACCAGUUCCAUAGGGAUCUCUUCGCCUCCGGCAUGGACCGUAUCAUCAUGAUGGCUCGCAGGGCCUCGACUGCGUAUUAUCCAAUCCUCCAUCUCGAAAUUGCGCGCUACAUCCGCUGGGCUACGCGUUCUGGCAUCGAAAUACCAUGGGGCAUCUCGCGGCUCAUGGGCGAACCGCCUGUCUUGUACCUGCUCAUGAAGCCCAGACCCGCAGCAGAGGCGAAGGAGCCCUCAGUUGCCCCCUCCCCAGGCAAGACCAACAAGGGCAGCAGCUCCGUGCCCAGCUCGCCGACGAAGGCGGGCAAUCAUUACACGACGGAGCGCAGCCAUGCUGCGCCUCCUGGCCAGGGUCUGCGCAGAAUCACUCCUAUGUUUGGCUUUUGAUUGCACUUUAGAUACGCCUGAUUGCAUGGGAUCUGCUUGCUCUGGGAGACGUCACUGGUUCCUUCCUACAAUCGUUCUUCCUCGACUCGUAUAUAUAUGCUCUCCCCGAUCUGCUCUUGUUGUCUUAGUACCCUCGACGCUGCACGUCGCACAUUGUAUAUCAGCGACACCGCGACUGCUGCAUGCAUCUGCCUGACCCGCGCUCUGUACUGUAGAUUGACAUGAUUUGACGACACUGCUUGUUUGAAAUGCCG